AAAAAUUGUACUCAGUAGUGUACACUCGGUUGAUCAAGUUUUAGAAUACAUAAACUCAUCUAAAACCUUGAGAACAUCCGCAGUUCUCCGAAGAUUAUAGGGAACUGAUGUCUUUGACAAAGGCUUUGAACCCAUCGAAAUUGACAAUUUGUUUGUAAGUAAAGCAUUUUUUUUACAGCGAGAACACAAUUUCCAGUAAAUUUGUGCAAGUCGCAAUCUGCAAGAGAUAGAGUCGUUUGAUUUACAUGCAUCCAGCAUAUAUUUAUACACAAUUAAACCUCUUUGCCAAUAUUUGUGCUUGAUACAAUCGUAAAGGAAAAGUUCACAAAUCCGAAAAUCAAAAUAAUGUCGCCGAUGUGCUACUGCAUAAAGUAUUGAAAUAAGACACUUGUUGUCGUUUCUAAUAGCGACUUUGAGAACAGAUGCAUAAAACUGACUAGCAUACGGUUCAGUCAAUUGGGGGUAAUUAUGUUUGAAGAAAAUCAUUAAGGCAUCCCAUCGCUGUUGAUUAACGUAAAGCUCGGUAACUAAAGAAACUGUUUCAUCAUUAACGGGCACCUCAGCAAGUCUCAUAGCUUGCCAUACGAUGUCAACGGCAAAAUAAAACCGUCGAGACAAAAAACGCGCAAGUAAAAAGUUAUAAUGAGAGACAGAAUUCGGCAAAAAGUUGGUUUUAAGUGCACCUGAUAGGUUUGAAAGCCAGCUUCCAACGUCCUCAGAUUGAAGCAUUCGGUCCAAUUCGCCUAAGGAAAGCAAUGCUUUUGGACAUUUGCAUGACAGUAUGUUCAUAUCCUGUAAAGUCAAGAGAAGCGGAGCCCGUAGAUGUCGAAUAGUUGUUAAGGCCUUACGUUUCAAAACAUACUCUCUCCGAAAGUAAUAUUUUUGCUCAACACUCUUUGCAUCAUGAUAGUGCUGUGCAAGAGAUAAAAGAUCAUUUUGAACCGAACAUAAAAGCUUUGCUAACUUUUCAAAAUUUCGAGAAAGCUGUAGAGAGACAUAUUUUUCAGUUCGGUAAACAUAAGGACCACUUCUCGUUGAAAAGUAUCUCUUAUAGACGAUAUCCUGACUGAACAGUUUAUGGUGAUUGUAACUCAGUACAUGCGAAAUAUUGUAGAUAAAAAAAGAAAUUAGUGAUACGGCGUCAUGUUUCGCUUGUGUUACUCCUCGAAUUAAGCGUAUAGAGGAAUGAACGUUUUUAAAUACACAGUCUGAAUUGAUGGAAAGCAUAAGCAAAGAAACGUUAAAACACGUUCUGUGGCUGUAAAAAUGUCAUGUACUGACUUAUUAAAGCCUGCAAACUCAUGGAUUAUUCAAGCUGAGAAAAUGUUGUUGUUUGUUAUUUUAUGUUGAUUACAACUACGUAAGGAGAAAGGUUUUGUAUGUUAAGGGAAUCAAAAAUAUCAUGUUUAAAGAACAAAUUCGUACUGUUUAUGAAACUUUUACAUACUAUUAAUUCAUUAAACGAGACCAGACUUAGCUUCAGAGCUCAUAUAGUCGUUGGACCAUCGAUGGGCACUUGCUCUUCCCCAAACACACCGUCAUCAUCACAAACAUAACUGAACACAUUGAUUAAUAAGCAGUCUCUGCCGUUUAAUUAAAGAAGGUCAGCUAUUGUAAUUGAACUGUGAGAAAUAUUUCUUACGUUUGCCCAAAGAAUGAUCAAUUGACAAUCCCUACGUGAUGACCCUUCAUGUUAGCAAUUGGAAAAGACUGUCUCUCUAUCAUAAACGAGAUCGAACACGUUGUUUUAAUAGAUCAUUUACUUGCGUCUCAAGUCGGGAAUCUUACAUUGUUGCCGGUUAUAGCGAUGGAAGUAUCCAUAUCUUGAAAGAUACGUUUGAAAACUUUCAAACUCUCGAACUUCCAUUGAAAGUUACCGUUCAGCAAAUUAUAUGGUUAUCGGCAGACUCUUUUGUGACGCUUUCAAGUGUUCCAGACCACGACUCUGAAAGCAAUGUGAUUAUAUAUUGUUAUAAGCUUAUACGGGAACCGGCAACUGAUAGUUCCAGAGAUGAAUUUGUUCUUGUGAAUGAACAUAUAAUCGCUGUGAGGGAACCACCGUAUCCAAUUACAGCAUUUGAUUUGAGUUUGGAUGCGAGGACGUUAAUCUGUGGUUUUGCAAGCGGACUCGUUAUCUCCAUAAAAGGCGAUUUCUUGCGAGAUCGCUCUUUACGUUUGUCUGUUCUCCAUCAACUUAAAGAACCCGUUACUAAUGUGAAAUUUGACAUACAAGAACCGAAUCUGCUCUAUGUUGCUACAACCGGUAAACUUAUUACAAUUAGUGGAAAGGUUGUUAGUGUGUUAGAUCAUCUUGGCGUUGCCAUGAACUGCAUGGACAAGUUUAAUACACCAUUGACGCGGGACUCUGUCAGUUAUUCUCUCGUUUGUGCACGCUCUGAGACAGUCAGCUUUAUUCGUGCGAACACGCUAGAUUCUUUCUUAUUGUUUUAUGGGGAGAAACACUAUGCUUGUGUCAAUGGCGAUAUCCUUGCAAUCGUCUUCACGCCUUCUGCCAAAAGUAAUUCUAAAGGAACUGUUGUUCCUGGCAUAGGCUAUGACAAAAAGAGUGAAACGCUCUGUAGAAUUAUGCUUCUAGACAUCAAGCAGCAGUUAAUUGUUUGGGAAGACAUUGUCCCUACACAUGUGGCACAUGUACUUUCUCGUGGAUCAAAGACAUUUAUUCUUACAGUGGAUGGCUACGUGCAAGAACUUGAAGCACUCAGUCUACAGAAGGAGCUCAAACUAUUAACAAAGCGCAGCAUGUUUGAUAUUGCUUUGGAAUUGGCAGAGCAGCAUCGCAUUCCCCUUGAGGAACGACGCAAACUGGUGCUACAAUAUGCGGACUAUCUUUUUCGUCAAGGGAGUUUCUCUGAAGCUGUUAAAUAUUAUAUUUCCGAAAUUCAAUCUUGUCGUGCAACGGAAAUAUGCCGAAAAUUCCUCGAGGUUAAUGAGAUUGGCAAUCUUGUUCGAUUUUUAGAAGCUCUUAAUUUUCAUUUACUUGCAAGUCAGGACCAUUUGAUGCUUCUUCUUUCAAGUUACAUCAAGUUAAAAAGAUACUCCUCUAUUGAACAUCUUCUUGACAAAGGCGGAUUUAAUAUAAUGUCGGCUUAUGACAUUUGUUAUAAGUCUGGACUAUAUGAACAAGCAUUACGUCUUGCCAAAGCGAACGGGCUACAUGAACGGGUGAUUGACUUGCUUGUUGAAGAAGGAAAAUAUUUAAUGGCCAUCGAGUAUCUCAAACAGAUGGAGCCGGACGUUUUAGAAAGUUUACUCCUCAUUUCUGGUCAUAGUCUUAUUUCAAAUUUACCGAAAGAGACAACAGAAUUAUUCAUUUCAUAUUAUACAGGCACUUAUUAUCCGAUUCGUAAAGAACAAAAAGACACAAACCUCAAGCAAACCAAGUCCGCACCUUACUUCUUAUCCUUAAUGCCUUACUCCAAUCCAUUGGUUAGUCUUGAUGGUGUAAUCCCCGAACAAAGUACCCAUGAAGACGGUGUUACCAAAACUCCUGAAAGUGCAAAGACAUCGCUUGCUGAACUUCCAAAUCCGCAAAACUGUUUUCAUAUAUUCGUUCAGCACAUUGAUUGUUUCAUUGUUUUCUUAGAAUCCCUGUUAACAAAAACGAACACAGAGCAUCAGACUUUUAUAGCGACUUCCUUGUUUGAAGCGUACGUCCGAAAAUCCCGCAAUGACAUUUCCGCUGAAGGUGCUAUCUAUGAAAAGAAAGCAAAUGCGUUGUUGUCUGAAAGUGAAGUGCAUUUAGAUUUAAAUCGUGUAUUUCUCAUUUCACAGAUCCUGGAUUUUGACGAAGGCGUACGGUAUGUUCAAGGAAAAACUGGUCAGAUGCUUGAUAUGUUUCGUUCAUAUUGCCAAAAAAAUGAUGUGAAUCGAGCAUUAGCGAUGUUACGAACACACGGGAAUGAAGUUCAAGAACUUUACACUAUAAUGCUGAAUUAUUUCUGUACUGAUGGCAAUGUUGAUGGGUGGGAAAAGGAGUUCCAGAAGGUGCUUCAAUUUGUCAUUACAAACAGAUUAGUAUCAACUCCUCAGCUCGUAGACAUACUAAGUCGUUCAUCUUCUUUGACUUUUGGUGAUAUAAAACAAGCACUACGGAACAUGCUUCGUUUCUUUGAAAGUGCCAUCGGAGCAAAUGGACGCCAAAUAGAGGGGAAAAACCGCCGCAUUCAUGCUAUCUCGGAACAACUUCAGAUUUUGAAAAGUAGUGCUUUUGUCGUACAAGAGACUGUUUGUUCUGCCUGUGGAUCUGAACUGGAGCCACCUGUAGUUCAUUUUCGCUGUCACCAUUCCUAUCACAUGCGUUGCAUUGAGGACGAGUGUCCUCACUGCAAAUGGUCCUCGCAGCUCUAACAAAAUGUUAUACCAAUUGCGCCCUUCUACCCCGCUUUGCAUUUCCUAGCAAUAGGAUAUUAUAGACA